AUGUCGCUAAGAGUAAUUAUUUUAAGUUGCCUUUUAUGGGUGCUGACUGAGGCGAGAGCACCUUGUGGACUCCAAAUGGAUUGCGUACCCAAGGGCCUCUGUAUUAAUGCCCCGACCUUCAGUUCGGCAUGCCUGAACUCAGAAACAUGCUGUCACACUUCUGGAAUAUUGGCUAUCGGGGCCCCACAAAAUUGUGGUCGGAGUAAUCCCAGAGGUCUGGAAACAGAAACGCAGGUUACACUCGAUCAGUCAAGGCCCAACGAAUUUCCAUGGAUCGUGGCGUUGAUGAAAGGAUCUGAUUUAUUUGGCUCUGGCACUCUGGUCACCGAAAAUGUCGUAGUAACUGCUGCCCACCUGAUGAUGAAUAAGACAAUAGACGAUUUCCUAGUCGCAGGUGGUGUUUGGGACUUGAAGCAAUUGUUCAAAAACACGGUUGUGACGCGAUACCCGGCCAGGAUAGUAAGGCAUCCAGGCUUCAAUGGCAUUACCGGUAGAAACAACAUAGCGCUCAUCGUACUCGCCAUUUCGUUCCAGUUGAAACCCCAGAUCGGUACCAUUUGCUGGCCCUCUCCGGGAAUUUCAUACGUUGGAGAUCGCUGCUUGGUGGCCGGUUGGGGCAAGUUGGACUAUCUCGAUGGCGACAUUUCGCAUCGACAAAAGAAAAUUGAUCUACCAAUCGUAAGCAGCGGAGUGUGUGCGGCCCAAGUAAGUAGGGUGCUGGGUAGGAGGUACACGCUCGAUCCCACCAUGCUGUGCGCCGGUGGAGAAAGGGGACGAGAUUCCUGCAAGGGCGACGGUGGAUCCCCCCUGAUGUGCCCGAUCCCCGGAUACCCUGAUCUUUUCGAAUUCGUCGGCAUUGUCAACAGCGGCAUAAAGUGCGGAGAGGAAGACGUGCCCGGCCUGUACACCAACAUUACCCAGAUGAAGUCUUGGAUUGAUGAACAGAUGGAUGACGAGCUCAAUAAGCCCUAUAACACAUUUCCCAUUUACAAUAUAGACUACGAUUCUUACUAAGAGGAACUAAAUAAAAUUGAAAUUCAUUUUUA